ACAAGCUUUUCCUUCUGUCAAUUCCUAAAAGUACUUCCUCUGACCUCAAGCUGCUUGUACGUUCCCUGUGACGUUUUUGAUCGUUCUGCCGCAUUGAAUUCACUCAAGGCUGUCAAGCUCUUCUGGAGCAACGUCGUCCGUGGCCCACAUUCUCCAAUUCAAGCGCGAGUCCCGCGAGCGCCUUCCACUCACAACAUUACCAUCUCUCGGCCAAUUUCGUCACGUCCUUGCGAGGUUCCUAACCGCAGCCAUGUCUGAUAGAGCCGCAUCAGAUGAGGCACGAUCACCUCCGUCAUUACAAAAUGAUGCGGGAUUGAAGAAACUUGCACCGUAUUGGUACCCGUAUACGACCAUGGCAAAGGAGCGCUGGCUUGGGCGGGAGAUCCUAGAAAUCGUGUCGACAGAAUUUAGGGAUCGAUCCAUGGAGUACUAUCGGUACGCCCUUGAAUCUGGCGUGACAACAAUUAAUGGCAAGGUCGCAAAACCAGACACAAUCGUGAGGAAUGGCGAUCGUAUAGAAAAUGUUGUGCACCGGCAUGAGCCUCCAGUCACGUCUACACCCGUCAAAAUUGUAUUGCAUGAUAAGGAGCGCGACUUCUUGGUUAUUGACAAACCUGGUAGCAUACCAGUACACGCCUCUGGUCGGUACUACCGCCACAGCUUAGUGGAGAUCCUUCGCAAUGAAUUUCGUUUCCCGAAAAUUUACACGAUUAAUCGCCUGGAUAGACUUACAUCUGGCCUAAUGAUUGUACCCUUGAAUGCUGAUCUAGCGCGUUCGUUAUCAGGUGAAUUCGUCAAUGGUCUAGUCCGCAAAGAAUAUGUUGCUCGCUGCAAAGGGGAGUUUCCCGCCGAGGAAAUAAUAUGUGAAGAACCCCUCCUGACUGUCGAUCGACAAAUGGGUCUUAAUAUAGUACACCCAGAAGGAAAGCCAGCAAAGACGAUUUUCAACCGGCUCCAUUACGAUUCUGCCACCCAUACGAGUGUACUCCGCUGUCGCCCCAUGACAGGUCGAUCACAUCAGAUACGAGUCCAUCUACAAUACCUUGGUCAUCCAAUAGCCAAUGACCCCGUUUACUCUGAGGAACGAAUAUGGGGACCUCAUCUUGGCAAAGGGGGUGUUGAUGUUAUUCCUUGCGAGCACCGUGCUGCACCAGCGCCACCACCGCAUCUACUGAGUGAUAAUAGUCCGGAAGCUUUUAACUCGAAGCCCUCCGACAACACAGACUCCCUAUUAUUGCUUGCCUCGGAAGGGGGAUGCGAUGGAAAAUCGAGAGCGAAAUUGCUUCCCCGCGAAACUGGACACGAUAUUGGAAUGGGAUCACCUGUCCCAUUGUCGUCUGAAACAGUGGGAAUCAUAACAAGGCUCCGGAGUAUGAAGGAUGAAGACGAGGAUUGGAGUCGCUGGCGUGAUGUCGUGUUUCGAGCGAAGGGCUCACUCGCACCAAAAGACAUCCCUCGUGCGCCCCUUCCUCCACAGAACAAACGCAAAAAAGGAGGUCCUUCUCUCCCUCAAACUCCUCUGCCAGAAGACGUGUCAUUGGCCCUACAGUUGACUCAAGGAGAAGCUCUAGCACAACUCUCGCAGAUGGAGGCCCCUCCACCAGCUGUUGACCCAGCGACAGGAACACUGUAUUGCUCGGAGUGCUACUUACCGUUGCAUCCUGAUCCGAAGCCAGAAAAGUUGUAUAUUUUCUUGCACGCCCUUAGAUAUACCACAAGCCUCGGGUGCUUUGAGACGGAUAUACCAGAGUGGGCAGCUGAAGGAUGGAAGUGGAACCAGGCCUAGGUAGAUAUUACUCUCAGCGAUCCUUUUUACAUGACUCUAUGGGGCGUGAUAUAACACCGGCGCGAGACAGUCAGGCGCUGCACAGAUCGUUGACAAAUUGACCAGAUUCUUGUCUGUCUGAUUCCUGACUCGUACAACACUGUCGAGCAAGUGACGCUGUACUGUCCCAGCACGGUGAACGAUUUUCAUUGGCUGACUGGUUUAUCAAGCAAGUUG